AUGUACCACCUCUCCGCGGUGAUGGGGAUCAACGACCAUUUAUGGCGGCAACGUCAUAAAUGGCGGCUAACGGUACACCGGUCACACAGUUCGCCUUGCUUUAUGCUAAUAGACCCUGGUCUGGUUAUCCUCGUUGCCUAGCCCUGGCAAGGCAACGAGGAUAACCAGACCACAAAAAAAAAAGCUAAAACACGUUCAAAAAGACGGCCCCAGUCCUCCGCCCGUCGGUCACGCGCCUCUCCGGUAUCGGGGGCUGCCUCUGCCGACGAGGGGCGAUCAAAUCUCGGAGCAACAGGAUACCAUAGAAACGGACUACGGACGCGCCACGGUGACUGUCUACGUUUCGGAACCCUCAACUGCCGCUCGCUCGCUUCCGAUGCAGCAAAAGAGCAAUUGCUCGCGGCAAACCGAAACGCACUUAUCGACAUAGUGGCGUUCCAGGAAACAAAAUCUCAAGACACCAGCUGUAACACCUGGCCAAACGGUGAACUUCUCAUCCUCGGCCACAAAGUCCCUGGGAAGAACGUCGGCGGCGUCGGUUUCCUCGUCAAUCGCUCGGUUCAACACCUUGUCGACUCGCACGAAAUCGUCAAUGCCCGUCUCGGCUCCCCCGACUCAACCUAG